AUGGUUCGCGCACUCCCUCUCCUCGCCGCGCUGGCUGGUUCCGCCCUCGCCGCCGACACAACAACCAUCAACCUCCUCGUCCUCGGCGACAAGUCCCCCUUUGUCGGGUCCGUCAUCAACGCCGACUCCAGCGCCACCACCGUCGCCGUGAAGUGUCCCUCCAAAACACCCUCUGACGAGUGCGGUCUGCCCCCUGACGGCGCGACCAUCACCCAGGGCGAGAAGACAUGGCAGUGGAACUAUGGAUACUCUGACAGCGAGCAGGGGAUUUUCACGCAAAAGGCCAACUGUAAGCUCGACCCGGCCAAGGACGUCGCCGCAUGCCACGUCGAACUCACGCAGGGUUCGGUGACGAGCACCUCCGAGACUACGGAUACGGGCUACAAGACGCUCAUGUACCCUGUUACUAUUACCGCUGGGGUGGACAAGCUGUCGGCUGCGCCUGGGGCGACCGUCACGACGGGAGGAUCUAAUACGGCUGCGCAGACGACGGCUAGUAAUACUGCGAGCAAGACCGGUGCUGCUGCGUCUACUAGUACAAAUGCUGGGCCGGUUGUGACCCAGAAUGCUGUUUUGGCUGGUGUUGCUGCUGUUGUGGGUGGUGUGUUCGCUUUGUGA